GCAUCGAGCGACCACCUUGCUCCGUCAUCUGACGGCCAAUGAGGGUGGGCGCGGCGCCACCGACGACGAUGAUGUUGUCAUUUGUGCGGCUCGACGAACGCCGUUGGGUCGUGCCAAAAAGGGCAGUUUCAAGGACACACCGCCCGAUGAUCUGCUAGCCACAGUGCUGGAAGCGGUUGUUCGAGACACGAGCAUUGAUCCCGCCAAGAUCGAGGACAUUGCCGUCGGCAACGUGCUCACAGACCAGAGCUUCCUCAUGGCCAAGGUGGCACAAUUUUUGGCUGGCAUACCCGAGACCACCUCCCUCUCAACACUGAACCGGCAAUGUGCUUCGGGGCUUCAGGCAGUGGCGACCAUCGCUGCAGCGAUUCGUGCAGGUCAAAUCGACGUCGGCAUUGGCGCGGGCGUCGAGUCCAUGUCGCAGCGCAAUAUGACAGAGAUUCAACCCCAGUUGAACCCUCGUCUUUUCUCCUGCCCACAAGCGCGUGACUGUCUCAUGCCCAUGGGCAUGACCAGCGAGAACGUGGCUCAAAAGUUUGGCAUCACUCGCGACGUACAGGACGCAUUUGCAGCCCAAUCUCAACAGCGAGCAGCGGCAGCUCGCGCCGCCGGUAAAUUUGACGAGGAAAUCGUGCCAACGCGGGCACGUGUGCUGAACGAAGAGGGCGAUUUGGAGGAGGGCCCCAUUGUAUCAUCGGACGAUGGAAUCCGGGAGGGGACGACCAAAGAAAUGCUCGGCCGUUUGCGGCCCGCAUUCUCAGCUGAGGGCAGUACCACGGCUGGCAAUUCGAGUCAAAUGAGCGAUGGCGCGGCCGCUGUGUUGCUUGCGCGCCGCUCAACAGCAAGAGCACUGGGACUUCCUGUGCUUGGCAUCUUCCACGGCUUUGCCACUGUGGGCGUGCCACCCUCGAUUAUGGGCAUUGGUCCAGCCUUGGCCAUUCCUAAAGUGCUCAAGCAAUGCCGUCUAGCCACCAGCGACAUUGAUGUCUACGAAAUCAACGAGGCCUUUGCUUCACAGAUUGUGUAUUGCAUGAAGGAAUUGCAGUUGGAUGAGGCCAAUGUCAACCCCAAUGGGGGCGCCAUUGCCCUUGGACAUCCCUUGGGUUGCACAGGCGCACGUCAGAUUGCAACCUUGCUGCCGGAGCUACGACGACGCGGCACUCGCUAUGGAGUCGUGUCCAUGUGUGUAGGCAGUGGUAUGGGUGCCGCUGCUGUGAUCGAAUCCGUGGUCCCGCAAUGA